AAUGCGCAGGCGCCGCCCAGAAGUGACUUCUCCAAAAAGUGUCUUAGUUCCUAGUCACCUGAGCUCCCGGCGACGCGGCUGCGGUAGCCUCGCGGAUACGCCCCUUCGCCGGGUCCUGCUUGGCGACCCUGCCCUCCGCCCCCUGGCCCUUCGCUCCGCCACCCCGAACUCGCCAAGGGCCUGUCCUUUUCCUCCUGUCCUUUCCCUGUCUCGGGCCGGACCGGGCCGAGCCGGGCCGCCAGGGCGCGGUCCCUGACCAUGGCGUCCCUCUUCAAGAAGAAAACCGUGGAUGAUGUAAUAAAGGAACAGAAUCGAGAGUUACGUGGUACACAGAGGGCUAUAAUCAGAGAUCGAGCAGCUUUAGAGAAACAAGAAAAACAGCUGGAAUUAGAAAUUAAGAAAAUGGCCAAGAUUGGUAAUAAAGAAGCUUGUCGAGUUUUAGCCAAACAGCUUGUACAUCUACGAAAACAGAAAACAAGAACUUUUGCUGUAAGUUCAAAAGUUACUUCUAUGUCAACACAAACAAAAGUGAUGAAUUCCCAGAUGAAGAUGGCUGGAGCAAUGUCUACCACAGCAAAAACAAUGCAGGCAGUUAACAAGAAGAUGGAUCCACAAAAGACAUUACAAACAAUGCAGAAUUUCCAGAAGGAAAACAUGAAAAUGGAAAUGACUGAAGAAAUGAUCAACGAUACGCUUGAUGACAUCUUUGAGGGCUCUGAUGAUGAAGAAGAAAGCCAGGAUAUUGUGAAUCAAGUCCUUGAUGAAAUUGGAAUUGAAAUCUCUGGAAAGAUGGCCAAAGCUCCGUCAGCUGCUCGAAGCUUAUUACCAUCUGCCUCUACUUCAAAGGCUACAAUCUCCGAUGAAGAGAUUGAAAGGCAACUCAAAGCUUUAGGAGUAGAUUAGUAAAAAAAAAAAAGUCAUAAUAUUUUUGCUUAUGUAGUAUAAACCAGGCACAGUGCAGAUUCCUUUUACAAAACACAUUUAUUUUGCAAAAAUAAAGAACAUGAUUGAACAGUUGUUUCCUAACCCAUGGCUAUUUUGAAUCUUUUGCCAAAGAAUGACAAUGAUGCAAAAGUGGGAACAGUUUGGAUUUUAAUUAGAACUAUUUAGGAGUGAUGAUGUGUAAAAAGUUGACUUCUUUUCUGCAUGGCACAGAGAAAUUAUAUUCAUUACUUAGUGUUGGUUUAUGUUCUAAAUCUUUUUACACUGAAUAUAAAAAUCUUGUUAAAUGCCAGUAGGCAUCAACUUAAAGAGACUUGUAAAAAUAUUAAAAGUAUAUCAUUAAUUCUGUA